GGUGAUCUCGAGACUAUGGAGAGACUGAUAAAGGUUCAUCCUUCUCUGAUCGACGAGAAGGUUGGGUUCUGGCCAUAUCCGACAGUGCUUCUGGUGGCAGCCCGCUCCAAACAUGCCCUUGAGGCCAUGAAGCUUUUGGUCAAGUAUGGAGCUGCACUUGAUCGAGGUGAUCAUAAUGGGAUCACAGUCCUUCAUUUGGUCUGCGAACAAUACCCAAAUCCGACAGAAGCUAUUGUUUUCUUGACGAAGGCUGGUGCAGAUUGUAACAGUCGAGAUGGCAAGAAGCUUGUGGAUCAUCAGCAGCAGCGAACACCUUUGCAUUACGCAAUCCAGCAUUGCAAGGAACCUGCACCGGUUAUCGAGCUUCUACUGAAGAAGGGCGCUGAUGUCAAUGCCCAAGAUUCUAAAAAGUCAACACCACUGCAUCUGGUAUUGGAGAGGAUGGAUAAUGAGGAGCUUGUGCAGAUGUUGCUG